AUGCUGUUCAAUAGACGAAGAAGAGAAAAUGUGCCGAUCGCAACCGCCAGCACAAGUGGGAACGUACCAGAGGCCACCGUCGCAGAAGCCACCCCACAGCGGAAUGAAGAAUCCACAGAGGCACAGAAAGAUGCGGUGAUUAGGAUCCCCCGCAAUGCUCGGCCGGGUGCCUUUUUCUCGACCCCAAGCCCCGAUGAAGGAGUGAUACUGAAGGUCAAGUGCCCGGAUGGUGGCCAGCCCGGUCAAAUGAUCAAAGUAAAAUGGACACCACCGCAGGGACGAUGUCAAGGGAUCGUCAUCAUUCCUUCUGGGAUCCAACCAGGCGCCACAUUCAUGGCAUCCCACAACGGCAACAAGUAUAGAGUAACCUGUCCACCGAACGCCCAAGCAGGAUCAAAGCUCCGCAUACUUCUGGGCAGUAACAUGUCGCCCAAGGGAAAGACGCGAUGGGUGGCCGCGACAGCACCAAGCGUCGAGCCAGAAGAAGAUUUGAUGUGGACCGUGGAUGGCUGCAGCGUAUUGGUUCGAAAUGCUUCCGCCAGCGUCGCCAAAGAAAUAAGAUUUCAAUUCCCAUCAUCACUCUCCACACAACCAGCCAAGACGGAAAAGGCGUGGACACCAACUACAGAGUCUUGGCAACGACUGUUCCACGUGAACGACGAGAACUUUCAAUGGCACCGUGUCAGUGACCAGGACAAGAGAAACCAAGAAAAGUGUUUUGUGCCUCGGCUAAACAAGGGAACCCUGGAACUGGUCCCAGUGAAGGAAGCAGUUGGAAUCCAGUAUAGUUUCAAGGAUCCAGCCAAUGGGCAAGAAAUUGCCAACUACGAGGACGUUCUGCACUUUCAGAGAAAGCAUAUCAAAGCCAAACACGACUUUUUGCAAAACUUGUGCUCCAGGCUUCUGCUGAGUGCCGUCGCGGGCGCAUCGGUGCGAAGGUCUCACUUUCUUGAGGAUAGCAUGAAUAUCAUCAUGGGCCUCCCCAAUGCUGAUAUUGAGAGAUGGUGGAAAGUUCGCGUUGUCAACCAACCGGGCCAAAACGAGUCAGGGGGAACGAGAGCUUGGAUCCAAGAGCUCAUUGAGAAGCUGAUGGAUCCCAACUUGGGAAUGUGGAAACGGAUAGGAACCUCAGCAGAGUUUGAGCCCGAUCCCUCCUUCCAGGGAACCCCUGGGCGGAGCUGGGAAGACUAUUACAUUGUGUUUGGCCGUGCCGUGGGACGGGCCUUCGUUUUAGGGUAUCCGCUUCCUACGCUGAAGUGCUCAGAUCUCAUCUACAAGUACUUGUCAGGUUACCCCUUGGGGAUGAAUGAUCUUCGAAAGAUGGAUGCAUCCUUGCACACCAGCCUAACGUAUUUUCAGGCUCUGUCGGAUGAAAACGAGUUGGAAAAGUUUCUCGCAAUGAGCCUCUUGACUUUCUCUCUCCCCGCGGAGGCGGCGAAUGGAGGAACCGAGGACAUCCCUUUGGUACCGGGUGGGGCCACAAAGAAGGUUACCGUGGAGAACUUUCAAGAGUUUCACGAAGCCGUAUUCCGACAUUGUCUUUUGGAGCGUGUUCGACCUCAAUUGCAGGCUUUGGUUGCUGGGUUCAGGAGCGUGUUACCAGACGAGAACCUGUCAUGGCUAUUGCAACCGGACGAGCUCCAGGUGUGUCUUGGAGGCUUUCCAAGCCUGGGCGUGGAGGAGUGGAAAAGCCUCACAUUCUAUAGGGGAGAAUUCUCUGCUGUUGGUGAUGAACACCCUCAGAUUCGAUGGUUUUGGCAAAUGAUUCACGAGAUGGACUACAUGACCAAGGUCAAAAUGAUCUGCUGGUUGCGGGGGGUGGACGAGUUUGUCGUCCACAGGAAAGGGCUCGACGUGUUUGGUCAUCGGUUUGGUGUAACGGUCACGAGACGGGGUACCGGUGGUACGAAGAAGUAUCCUUUUGCGGGGGGCUGUCACCUCCAGACGAUCCUAGAGAUCCCAAUGUUUCAGUCUGUGGAAGAGAUGAAGCGGGCCUUUGUUUUCAUCAUAUCAACCUGCACCGACGCAUGUUGGAAUGAGUAA